AGAAGUUAAAGACAACUUCAACCACUCGCCAGUCAAAACCAUCACUCAUUCAUCAAUCUACCUCCACGAUGUGGCAUCUCCGCUGGCUUCUGUUGUUUCUAGGAACCUGUACAGCUUCCUACAAUGUGUGCGGCGACCCCAAGGUCGCUUCGCUGCCGUUUUGCGAUGCGUCGCUGCCUCUAGACACUCGCGUAGACGACCUAGUGAAUCGAAUCCCGAUGGACCAGGCCGUUGGGCUCCUGGUCAACAAAGCGUCGGCCGCUCCGAGCGUUAAUAUCCCGAGCUACGAAUGGUGGAACGAGGCGCUGCACGGCGUGGCUUUGUCCCCCGGAGUGACGUUCAAGGGGCCGAUUACUGCCGCCACCAGCUUCCCACAGGUGUUGAGCACCGCGGCGUCGUUCAACCGCUCGCUGUUCUACCAGAUCGGAGACGUGAUCUCCACCGAAGCUCGAGCGUUCUACAAUGCCAAGGACGCUGGGCUGACGUUCUGGACGCCUAAUGUCAACAUCUUCCGUGACCCGCGAUGGGGACGCGGACAGGAGACCCCGGGGGAAGACCCGUACCUCAAUGGGGAGUACGCUGUGGCCUUUGUGAGAGGUUUACAAGGAGAAGCAAUGGAAGGACGUGAAGGAGGCGGGAAGAGUAAGUUUUUGAAGAUCUCAAGCUGCUGCAAACACUUCUCUGCUUAUUCGCAGGAGGUUCCGAGACAUCGUAACAACGCGAUGGUUACCAAGCAAGACCAAGCUGAUACCUACUUCCCGGCGUUCCAAGACUGUGUGAAGCGAGGCCAUGUGAGCUCUAUCAUGUGUAGUUACAAUGCUGUGAACGGCAUCCCGUCUUGCGCUGACAAAGGCCUCCUGACUGACCUGGUGCGCGGUCAUUGGAAGUUUGAUGGAUACAUCGUCUCGGAUUGCGAGGCUGUAGCUGACGUGAUCUACCGUCAUCACUACACCCAGUCACCGGAACAAACGUGCGCUACAACUCUCGAUGCUGGCAUGGAUUUAAACUGCGGCGAGUUUCUGAGUCAACACCUUCCGCUGGCUCUGGAGAAGGGAAUUGUUACAACGAAAAUGGUACAUGAUGCCUUGAAAAAUCAAUUCCGAGUGUUGAUGAGGCUCGGGAUGUUUGAAAAGGAACAACCAUUCGCUAAUAUCACGAAAGACUCGGUGGACACAGCUGCGCAUCGACAACUUGCACUAGAAGCUGCUCGCCAGAGCGUUGUAUUGCUCAAGAAUGACGAUAGCACUCUACCUCUCGCUGCAAACGCUUUCACUAAAGACGGAUCACUUGCGCUGAUUGGACCACACUUCAACGCCAGUGCCGCCCUUCUUGGGAACUACUUUGGUAUCCCGUCACAUAUUGUUACCCCACUGGAAGAAAUCUCUCAAUAUGUACCAAAUGUUGCAUAUUCGUUGGGGUGCAAAGUGUCAGGUGAAAUAUUGCCCGACUUUGAUGACGCUAUUGCAGUGGCCAAGAAAGCAGAUCGCCUUGUUGUCUUCGUGGGCCUCGACCAGAGCCAAGAAAGAGAGGAGAUCGAUCGCUACCACCUCAAUCUACCAGGUUUCCAGACUGCACUACUGAAGCGCGUGCUUGAAGUUGCAUCGCAUCCGAUCGUGCUAGUUGUCAUCUCUGGUGGUUGUGUUGAUCUGUUGGCCUACAAGAACCAUCCAAAGGUUGGCGCGAUUGUUUUCGGUGGAUAUCUCGGAGAAGCCGGUGGUCAAGCUUUGGCUGAUGUGCUGUUUGGCAAGUACAACCCGGCUGGCAGGCUCCCACAAACAUUUUACGAUGCGGAUUAUGUGAAUGCAAUGUCAAUAUACGACAUGCACAUGCGGCCGACUUUCGUGACGGGAAAUCCUGGCAGAACGUACCGCUUCUUCACUGGGGUGCCAGUCUAUGAGUUUGGUUUCGGUUUGUCGUACACCACAUUCCGCAAGAAUUGGACGAUUGAACCACCCAGUGAAUUGAAUGCUGCGAUGAUCGAGCAGCAGCUCGGCAACGACGCGAGUACUAAAAGCCACGCCUGUGUGGCGACAUUUACCAUCACGACAGCGAACGUGGGUGAUGUCCCGGGAGAAGAUGCCACUCUUGUUUUCGUUGAACCUCCUCGCGCUGGUGAAGGUGGACGUCCAUUGAAGUCGCUGGUUGCAUUUGAGCGUACACCGUUGCUUGCUCCAGGACAGGGAGCUGCGACAAAGGUCUGCCUGGAGGCAAAGGCGUUUAUGCUCGCCGACGAAGUUGGCAACUGGGUUGUCGAAACUGGCAACUGGACCAUUCAUGUGGAUACUCUACAACACAAGGUGAAUGUCCAGGAACCUGUUGUGCGCGAGCCAGCGGUGGGUAACGAAGAAGUCACGCGCAAGCCACUGUCUCGUGCAGUGUGGGAAUAAUAAGUCUGAUACCGCAAGAUUCGCCUUGGUGACAACGGAUUGAGUGGAUGUUGUCUUGAAUAUGUGAAAGGCGGGCUCGUACAUGUCGAUACCAAAUUCAAGCAGGAUGUUUCAAUUGCACCAUCCCAGCGUAGUUGAAAGUGGUUCGAUCAUAUACUAUUAAAUACCUCUGUUGGCACCUUACUUCGAAGUAAUUAAUUUUAAACCAAU